UUUUAUAUAUUUUGUAAUAUGUAUAUGUACUUCUUAAUGUGUUUAUAAAUAAUUGUUCGAAAAAUAUCGGUUUUUUAAUAGUUUUGUGGAAAAACGCAAAUACGAAUUUUAUUUGUUAUGUGCAACAUUUGUUGUACCAGCGUGUCCAAGUAACUAAAAUCUUUUUUGUGAUAUUCGGAUGUGUACUUCAAGUCUUUUUCUUGCCUGUUAAUGCUAAGACGCUGGCUAUUCCCAAUUUAUCUAAUAUCAUAAAUUAAAACAAUCCAAAUGUGCUUAUAUGCACAUUCUGACAUAUUUGGGCAGAUUGUUUUCUUGUGCUGAUGUUAUGUCACAAAAUUUUAAUAUUGAUUAUUAUGAUUAAAUAAAUGUUAAUCCACAAUUUAUUAAUUAAGAAAUAUGUACGUGUAUACCAGUAUUUUUAUUUUUAAGAAAAUUGUACCAUUACUUAGAGAAUGGAUACGUUUUAAUAAAAUGAAGGCUAUCAUACAAGAAAAAUGAAUGACAAGGAUUAUUUAUAAAAAUGGAACGGUACCAAAAAUAUAAUGGUGUUAAAUAUGUGACAUCCCAUUUUUUUCAACGAAGAAACGUUUAAUUGUUAAAGAUAUCGGCUUAAAAAUUUGUACGUAUAUUUAACCUGUCAAACUAAAAAUUUAACCCGAAAACUUGUAUCGUAAUGAAUUCAUUCAAGGUGAUAUAAAGAACAACCUGAAAAGAAGUGAGCUAUUAAAAAGAGAUUUGUUGCAGAGCUGCUGCAGUGUGUUCACAUUACUAAUAAUACAUUUGGUUGGCAUUCUGCACGGCUGGGCGAGACAAAAUUUGGAGAUUGUACAGAAGGAGUGCAUCAAGCAGAAUUUUUGAGAAGCGCGUGCAAAGAUAAUCGCGUCUUUUGGAUGAUUGACGAAGAACUUGCUUAGGAGUAUAUUGAAGAAGACAUUUCUAAAUCUCUCAGGUCAUCUAAUGCAAUUUUUAUUCAGAGAACAGCAGCGGGGAAAAACACAUUUUAAAUUGUGACCAGAUAGACAUGUGCCAUCUUAAAAUUAUACCCAAUUUUGUAUCAUAUUUCUGAGCAAGUUAAGCAGAUCAAUUUGGAAAAAAAAUGUUAUUAGAGAAAUUUAUUGAUAGUUACAUAUACAUCUUAAGCGAUUUAUUUUAUAAAGUCCAGAAGUUUAGCUGACAUUCAUGUUGCCCAACUACCGUCACAGUAUACUCAAGCUAUAGUUGACUGUUGCGAAAUUGCUUGCUUUCCUAAUUCUGGGUAGUUUUAAGAUGUUUACAAAUAAGGACCAAACUACUGAGAUCGCGAAUUCUCGCUGUGAAAUGUUGCAGCUAAAAUCAUCAUCAAUGCGGGAUAUAGACACACAAUUUAAAGUUGCAGAAAUUGAAACGGAGGAGCAUCUUCACUUCUCUCGUAUAGCUGCUAAAAAUAAACACUUAAAGCUUAGUUGGUGGCAUUCAUCUGCUGAAGUGCGUGAUGCAGAGGCAUCACUAGUGCAACAUAAAAAAAGUGAUAAAGGCACAAGCAACAAAUCGAAAAAGGUUGAGAACAACAAUACUUUAGUUUCUGGCUGCAAUAACACGCCAGCAAGAUCUGUGCCAUUACUACAGUACAACACAGACCAGAAACGUGUUAGUGAAGCAAACGAAGCAAGCAUUCUGGAUCUUAAUGUAGAUGAAUUUUAUCCGAAAGACUCACACCGACUUGUCGAUGAUUCUAAACCAUGUACUGGAAUUUUAAAUCAAGGUCAAGAAGAUCAAAUGAAAGUUUCUGGUUAUCGCCGAUGCCAUAUACGAACUAUACUUUGCUGGGCCUGUAUAUUCUUAACAGGUGGUCUUUUGCGACUUGUGUUACAUUGGUGGCGUCAUUUGUACCUAUAUGCGACUUGCACUCCAUGUUCUUUGGAGGAGGCAGAACAUGUUUUGAUAACCGAGGAUUAUCAAGGAAAGCACAAAUUGUACCAUGUUAAGAAAAUUCAGGUCCUUACUGUGAACGACCUUAAGACACUAUUUCAAAGGGAAUCCCACCGUUCAGAGGGGAUGCACAUGGAAAGAAAUAAUGUAGAAACCACCUUGCAAAUAUCGGUUCAUUUUACCUCGGCGCACUUUAAAAGAUGUUCCUCUUUACGAAUUUUCCGCUGCAAGCAAUUAAUAUACGCAUGGAACAACAAUAUGAGUUGUUUCCAAAAAAUUAAUGGACUUGAUAUUAACAUACCUUGUUCAUAUUAUCAUCAACAACGCGGAUUAACUGUAAAUGAACAGAUUUCAAGAAGAAUAGUUUUUGGGGAUAAUGAGAUAACGGUUCCUUUGCGAGAUGUUAAGACACUGCUUUUUCUGGAAGUUCUUAACCCUUUUUACGUUUUUCAAUUAUUCUCGGUUGUUCUUUGGUUUACAUAUGAUUACUACUAUUAUGCUUGCGUAAUACUUUUGAUGUCCAUAUUUGGUAUUACUAUUUCUAUUUUGCAAACGAAAAAGAAUCAAGAUGUGCUACAAAAUACUGUAUAUAAUACUGGUAACGCUUUGAUUGUUGAUCCAAAAGGUGUUUCCAAGCAGUUUCCAACGCGAGUUUUAGUACCGGGAGAUUUAAUUGAAAUACCAUCAUCAGGCUGUACGCUUCAGUGUGAUGCAGUAUUAUUAUCAGGAAACUGCAUCCUAGAUGAGUCUAUGCUUACUGGCGAAAGUGUUCCAGUGACAAAAACUCCUUUACCAUCAAAGCGUGACAUGAUAUUUAAUAAAACGGAGCAUGCUAGGCACACUCUUUUUUGUGGUACCAAGGUUAUUCAGACUCGUUAUAUUGGAUCAAAAAAAGUAUUGGCAUUUGUGAUUAAUACUGGAAACAUAACAGCCAAAGGAGAAUUAAUACGAUCUAUUCUUUAUCCCCCACCUGUUGACUACAAGUUUGAACAAGAUUCGUAUAAAUUUAUUCAGUUCCUGGCAUUAAUAGCUUGUGUUGGAUUUAUUUAUACGCUGGUAACAAAAAUUUUACGUGGUACGGAUCCUGUUAAGAUAGCAGUUGAAUCACUCGACCUUAUUACAAUUGUAGUGCCACCAGCACUACCAGCGGCUAUGACGGUCGGUCGUUUUUAUGCGCAAAAGCGAUUAAAGGCUAGUGAAAUUUUUUGCAUUGCCCCUCGGUCUAUAAACGUGUCAGGAAGCAUAAAUUGCUGUUGCUUUGACAAGACUGGUACUCUAACUGAAGAUGGACUUGAUAUGUGGGGUGUAGUGCCCAAGUCAUCAACUAAUCAAUUUCAAAUACCGUUAAAAAAUGUGGAACGUUUACCUUUCGAUCAUUUUCUAUUUGGCAUGGUAACGUGCCAUUCUAUCACAAUAAUGAACGGCUCAAUGAUGGGGGAUCCGUUAGACUUAAAAAUGUUUCAAUCUACUGGUUGGGUAUUAGAAGAUUCAAAGAACAUACCAGAUAAUGAAAAAUAUGGUAUUAUUUACCCAACAAUUUUAAGACAACCAAGAGUCUGCCAUUCUGCUUUACCUUCGCCGGAUAUGGAAACUAAAAGAAAUGUUCAACGGCAGUCUUCUGUUGACGAUUUACUAGCUACUGUUGGUAUCUCGCAAGCUCAAAAGAAUUUUGAUCAUGGUAUCGUUAGAGAAUUUCCAUUUACUUCGAAUCUUCAGCGAAUGUCUGUAAUUUCUCGAUGUCUAAGUGACCAAGUAUUUAAUGUUUACUGCAAAGGUUCUCCUGAGAUGUUACAGAAGCUGUGCACCCCCCACAGUUUACCCGAUAAUUAUUCCCAACAUUUGUCUGCGUUUGCCUCAAAAGGAUACAGAAUUAUUGCUAUUGCAUUUAAAGCUUUUGUCCAUAAAAUGAACUAUACAAAAAUACAGCGUCUAACCCGCGAAGAGGUUGAAAGCAAUUUGGAAUUUCUUGGAUUCGUUAUCCUCGAGAAUCGUCUCAAACCAGAUACUGCGAAAGUAAUCAAUGCGCUAAACUCAGCUAAAAUUCGAACUAUUAUGAUUACCGGCGAUAAUAUAUUAACUGCUAUGAGUGUAGCUCGUGACUGUGGUAUAGUCAGUGCAUCGCAAGAUGUUAUUACUGUACAUGCAGAUCCGGUUGACGAUGUUGGGAAUACUAAAAACAGCGGUGUUACUGGUACAGAAUAUAUAGAAUAUAUUUCAGAUAAACCCUAUAAGUUACAGUAUACUUUAGAUUUGGGAAGUAAAAUGUCUUCAACACAUUUGUCAUCAAGUUUCAAUGGUAAUAUUUUUCCCGAGGAAAACCGAAAAGGAGAAUUUAGCGACGGUGUUCAAACACUUUGUCGAAUGGAGUCGAAAAACUCAUUAGUUAAUGAAUUGAGCUCAGGUUAUGCAGAAAGCGCUCUGCCGCUUAGUGAUAGUUUGGCCAGUGUAAUGACCACAGAGACAUGGACCCACAAUGAGGCAACAGGUGCAGAUGUUGAGCUUGGAAUUAAAAACGCUCAAGACGAAAAUUCGCGCCAACGCUAUGUAUUUGCAAUGGAUGGUAAAACUUGGCAAAUUGUUAAAGAUCAUUUUCCCAAGGAGAUGGAAAUUCUAUUAACACGUGGAUCAAUUUAUGCACGAAUGUCACCUGAUCAGAAACAGGCACUAGUAAUAGAACUUCAAAACUUGGACUACUGUGUUGCCAUGUGUGGUGACGGAGCCAACGACUGCGGUGCGCUAAAGGUAGCUCAUGCUGGUAUUUCCUUAAGUGACACAGAAGCGUCCAUAGCGUCACCGUUUACAUCACGAAACUCUACGAUUUCAGCGGUUUUAAAAGUUAUUAAAGAAGGACGUGCUGCAUUAGUCACAUCGUUUGGUAUUUUCAAGUAUAUGGCUGCCUAUUCGCUGGUUCAGUUUAUAUCUGUUAUGAUUCUUUAUUCAAUCGACUCAAAUUUAACAGACAAACAGUAUCUUUAUGUAGACCUUGGACUUAUAUCAAUAUUUGCCUUCUUUUUUGGCAAAACUGAGUCGUUCAAUGGAAAUCUGGUAAAACAAGUGCCUCUCAGUUCAUUAAUAUCCUCCACGCCUUUAGCGUCCAUUUUACUACAUCUUACUGUUGUAACUGGAUUCCAGGUAACUGGUUGGAUUCAUCUUCACCAACAGUCGUGGUUCAAACCUUUUCAACCUGCUGACGAGGAACAUUUGGGUUGUUAUGAAAAUUACACCAUGUUUUGCAUUUCCAGUUUCCAGUACAUUAUACUAGCUUUUGUUUUUUCUAAAGGUGCGCCAUAUCGGAAACCACUGUGGUCGAACUGCCCACUCUGCUUUGCAUUUAUUGUAAAUUUAUGCGUAAUUGUCUAUUUGGUCAUUUAUCCCAGCGACUGGGUAGCUCAUUUUUUUCAACUCAUUGUACCUCCUGUUAUGAGUUUUCGAUACAUAAUGCUGGCUUACGGAGCAGCAGCAUUUACUUCUCACAUUUUUGUCGAAUCAUUUUUGGUUGAAUAUCUGAUUUUCAAAAAAUACCAAGUUCAACGGGAGAAGAACUGGGUCACAUCAAAGCAAAAAUACAUGCGACUGGAGCACGACAUUUCCAAAAUAAAAAAUUGGCCACCAAUAACUGAAGUUUAUGAACCAAAUAAUUUUACCGACUGGGAAAUAGAGCAGCCGGCAUAUGUUAGUUUGCACGCUGAACAAAGCCAUGAUACGCAGCUUGAAAAGUUUCCUGGGUUUCCUUAACAAAUUGUUAAAAAAUGUAGCUAAUAAAAUGGUACUUAAUAAAAUAGAGCUGCGUAUUCACACCUCAAAAUAUGUUUUGUUUAUAUAGUAUGUAUUCAAAGAUAUAAAUAAAUACUUUUCAUUUGGCUUUA